UUGGCUACACCACCAGUGAUCUGGUCUUCAUGUGGAUGACAGACCCAGUCCAGAUGGAUGAAAUCGCUCUGCCUCAGUUUGACAUUAAACAGCAGGAGAUACAGUACGGAAACUGCACCAAAUUCUACCAAGGAACAGGUUACUACACCUGUGUGGAGGUGAUCUUCACAUUAAGGAGACAGGUGGGCUUCUAUAUGAUGGGAGUCUACGCCCCCACCCUUCUCAUCGUGGUUCUCUCCUGGCUGUCCUUCUGGAUCAACCCUGAUGCCAGCGCUGCCAGGGUUCCUCUGGGUAUCCUGUCUGUCCUGUCCCUGUCCAGUGAGUCCAUGUCUCUGGCGUCAGCGCUUCCUAAAGUCUCCUAUGUGAAGGCGAUAGACAUCUGGCUCAUCGCAUGUCUGCUGUUCGGCUUCGCUUCACUGGUCGAAUAUGCAGUGGUACAGGUCAUGUUAAACAGUCCUAGGCGUAUAGAGGAGGAGAAGGCUAAGAUGGCAUCUAAAGAGAAGGCUCUGAGAGAGAAAGAGGGGAAGAAGACUCCUUCUAAAACUAACACUGUCAACGGGACCGGAGGAACGCCCAUUCAUCACGUUAGCACUCUGCAGGUGGUGGAGACCCGUUGUAAGAAGGUGUGUACAUCUAAGUCAGACCUCCGCUCUAAUGACUUCAGCAUCGUGGGAUCUCUCCCCAGAGACUUUGAGCUUUCUAACUUUGACUGCUAUGGCAAGCCCAUUGAGGUUAGCGGGGCAACCGGCAAAUCACAGGCCAAGAACAACAAGAAGGCCCCGCCCCCUAAACCUGUCAUCCCCGCUGCAGCGAAACGCAUCGACCUGUACGCACGUGCUCUGUUCCCCUUCAGUUUCCUCUUCUUCAACGUCAUAUACUGGUCUGUCUACUUGUAG